AUGUCCAAACCCAAACGAGGUAGGAAAGGUGAUAAUGCUGAGAAUGGAAGUAUAACUCUUGGAGGAAAGCAUCUCUUAGUUUCAGUACAAGAUAGGUCUCGUCGAUUAAGAUAUACGAAACGCUUUGAAGAGUUUCUUGAGGCAACUCGAGAGGCAGAUCGUGGACUUAGUACUAUUAACUCUUCUGAAAUAAAUGAAGUUCCAACUUUGCUAGUUGGAUAUAUUGCCCGUGCGAUGGGUCUUAAUCUGUCUAAUGGAGAAGUGCUACGCCUAGUGGAAAUGAUAGAAGAAAAAGAAGGUGCAUCUCGUGGUUCUGUAUCUGCAAGUUUAUUAAAAGAAAUAAUAGUAGAGGCUCUCAUGACUGGAAUUUUGGGCACUCAGUCUGGUAAAAAAGGUCCUGGGGCUUCUAAGACGGUACCACCACCAAUAUCUGUAGUUCGUGAUAGUGAAGAUACUAUAUAUAGGGCUUUUUCUGUUUUAGAUGUUCAUAAUCGUGGUUUUUUAGAAGCUGAUGAAAUUCGUCAUUUCCUCCGCAGUGGAGCCGAACCAUUUACUGAGGAAGAAGUAGAAGAAUUCAUAGUUGCCGCCGCUGACCCUGAAAAUGGUCGUAUUUAUUACGAGGAAUUUGCUGAUGUACUUGCAACGGAGUAA